AAGAGCAAGAACGUGAACAGGCUUUUGUCAUGGCAGCUCCCACAGCCAUGGAACAUGAGGCGAAAGCUUCAGAAGACAGCGUAUCUUAUGUGCAAAAGUCAUCUCGGGUUUUGCUUCAUCGCGGUGGACCGUCUCGCGCUCGCUGUGAAAUGUUUGGGAAAGGUGCAGAUGGACGUAACCGUGUGGUCAUACUAUGCCUGGGACUAUUGGACGUCGUCCUUCUCGUUGCUGCCGUGGCUCUCGGAAUCGCCUGUUCCACAGUCACACAACGCCCCGACACAAAAUCCCAGCCAGCAGCAGCACACCUCAUCGCCGAGCUGGACCAUCUCUUCGGUAACCACAGCGAUGCGAUGGAGGCAAUGCAAGAAGCGGUGAACAUGCUAAACAGAGAGACCAGAAGCCACAAAAAACUGAAGGUGAAAGUGAAGGAGCAGAAGAGCGCCAAUGACGUUUAUCAGAGGCAGCUCGAGAGAUUUCGCAGAGAGAGGAAAAUCCUGCAGUUCAACGUGUCAGCUUUGGAGGGGAGCUGUGGCAAAUGCAACAAGGGGUGGAUUUUUUUCAACUCAUCCUGCUAUUACUUCUCUUACUCCAAUUCAUCUGCAAGCAGAAAGGACUGGAUGGACAGUCGAAACGACUGUAUCAAUCGAGGAGCGGAUCUGGUUGUGAUCGAUCACCAAAAAGAGCAGUCUUAUAUAAGUCAAAUCAUUGAAUCCCUGAGAACUUAUCAUUUUGAAGUAAACGGUCUGUGGAUCGGUGUCACUUAUAAAAAAACUGAGGGUACGUGGAUUUGGAUAAAUAAUGUCACAGAAGCAGAGCAAAGGUACUGGAUGCCCGGAGAACCCAACAACUCCCAGGGUCAGCAUUGUGGGGCGACAGUCUAUUCAUCAACUCAACCCUGGGAAACUCGAUUUGGUGACCACUGCGACUCACAUUUCCACUGGAUAUGUGAAAUGCUGCCUAAAUUUUAAAAAAUCAAUACAAUAUU